AUGGCAUUAUCGAUGGAAAUAGGACGAUGCCUGAUCAAUGACCUUCCUGAACUUGUCUUAGUUCAUAUUUUCUCUUUUUUAACAAUUGAUGAACGACAAGUCGUCGAAGAAACAUGUAAACAAUGGUAUAAUCUUCUGCGAAAUUCUCAUCAGUUGGCAUUUCACUCCGUUGUGCAAUUGCACGCACUGAUUGAAGAUGUUCCGGUGCCGACAAAACUAGGUCGGGUGUUACCCCGAUGGACACGAUUAACUCGAGACUCGUCGAAACCAGCUCAAGCAAUCGAUCCGAGACCGUACGGUUAUAUUCAACAAUAUCUGAAACGAUUUCGAAGUGAUAUUAAACAUUUACAUAUCGAUGUUGAACAACAUGAUGUUUCAUGUCGAUUUGUUCUUUGUCAACUUUUGACACUUUUUGGACCGGAACAAUGUUCUCAAGGUCGACAGAUUCGUACAUUUUCCGUUCGAUUUAUAAGUCAUAAUCCAUUAUUAAUGAAAUCUCAAGAUAUUAUUCAAGCUCUACGAAUCUUUUUCCAAUACGACGCUUCGAAAAAUCAUCGACACUCGCUGAUCUCUUGUGAUUUGUCUGGUCUAACCAUCUCCUUAGAUGAUGAUACAAUCUUAUUGUUAACGAAGAAUAAUCCCUGCUUACGUAAAUUAAAUUUACAAGAUCAAUCUUUAGUUUGUAUAUUAACUCCAUUUUGUAUUUUACAAAUUAUCGACAUGCUGAAAAGCUUGGAAGACUUAUGGAUUGAUAUGGUAUCUUUAUCAGAUGAAUUUAUUUUAAUGUUGGUUAUGGAAGAAGAAAAUGAACAAAAGACAAGUAAACGGGCGACUCUUAAACAUUUGGGAGUGAGAAUUCGACGUGAAGAGAAAUUCUCCGAUGAAAUAGAUAUAAGUUUGUGGCAAAAAUUACGGGAAAAAUAUCCGCAUUUGAAAAUGACAUUAAAUUUCGGUUUGACUACUCCAUUGAAUCGUAUUCGAGCUUAUAUGAACGCAAAUUUACGUUUACCGGUACGUAUUCAUCGAAAAUUCACAACUCUUGUCAACAUUUUCCUGUCUUUUCAGGUGCAAACAUUAAUCAUCAAUACACCGAUUCCAGUCGUCGAUGAACUUUAUCUAGCAGCAGAUAGUUUUGCCGGUACUUUAGAAAAUAUGCAUAUAUGCACAUCAGGUCAGUGGGCUGCACUAACGCGCACACCAAAUUUCACCAAAGCGGUGGUUUACAUUGCAUAUCAAUGUAUUCAUUUACGUACACUUUAUGUUGAUGUUGCACUUAAUCCUGAUGCAAUUGAAGAUAUCUAUCGAUUACAUCCACAUUUAAAAGAACCUGGUGCAAGUAAACUUCUUCUUACUGAUUGUCCAACUCAUACAAUAAAUCCUGAAGACAUGGGCGAUCUAUUUGGUUAA